AACAGUCUCUUUAGGCUACCACAAGUCCCAUAACGCCUUUGAAGCGUUCAUUCAUAGGAGGUGCUUGUUAAGAUGUUUGACACACAAGUUCCUGUCUACAUUUCCUUGUCUUCUCAUACAAACACUUUUUGGAUGAAAAAGGCAGAUCACAGCAUUCAACAGAGGAGAACACACAUGAACCAGAUUAAGAAGAAAAGCUUCACUUUUCCAUUACAAGCUCUAGUUCUCUAUGUAUUAUGAACCACAACGUCAUCUUAAAAUCCCUCUUAAUGCUUAUAUUCAUUUUGCAAGUGCGGCUUGAUGAACCGAACUUGGCAUCAAAGGUAACAGGAACCCUGGGCAAAGAUGUAAAACUCAAUUUCACAUUCAAGAACAUCUCCAGAGAGAACAUCAGUAGUGUUACACUUUACAAAGGCGAAAAAAGCAACACAAAGAUCUCUGAAUGUUUUCAGGAGGGUCAAAGCGACUGCUCACAAGGCCGGCCCUGCAUCUUUAACGUAGCUUCUAAAGAAGCUUCUUUCUGCAUCCAAAAUCUGGCUUUAGAACACAGUGGAGUUUACUGGGUUACUUUAUUCCCCAAGAAAGGUGGACUACUGCACAGCAACAAGUUAUCUUUGCACCUAGACAUAGAGAACCAUACCACAGUGCCUCCACAAAGCAUUCACACCACAGAGGGUCCCACCACAAGCAACAUAAACAUCUUUUAUAUCAUCCUUGCUGGACUUGUAGUGCCAAUAAUUGUGUUGAUCUCUGGACUGCUUGUUUGGUUCUGCUGGAUCCAAAUGUUGCACUCAGAUCCCAGCCAGCAAAACGACCUUGCAGCAAAGUCACAGAUGACAGAAGAGAAUUCCAAAGCCACUGUUGCUGUGCAUUCAGUGGAGUAUGGCAUACUGGACUUCCACAGUCACCACACAGGAGGGGAGGACGCCAAUCAUAGGCCAGACAUCGUGAUUAGAUCUACAGACUCAGUCGAGUAUGCGGCCAUCACCUUCCAACGACCACAACAGGGGGCUUGUGGGAGAUAAGGCUGAUUUAUACAGUAGCACACAUCACAUAAUUUGAUGAAGGUUGUGCUGCACGUGUGUUUGGAAACCCUUUUGAGACCCAGGAAUCAUUCUUUAUUACUAGAGAACAGAAGUAGAGAAGAGAUGUAAAACCACAACUGACCUCAAUGUUAAAGAAAUCCAAUAGCUAUGCUCUGUAUUCGUAUUUCUCUUCAUUUGACUCUUCCAUUGCUUGUGGCAUGCUGCACGUCAUAUAUUCAUAGUAUAUACUAUACGUAACCUCAACACAAAGUAUUGAGAUUUAUACUUUAAACAACGAUAUUCAAUGUGUUCUUUUUGGCUGGCUUUUUUGAUUGUACCAAUUUCUUUGUAGUUAAAACCACAAAUUGCAGGAAGAACUCUAAUCGUUCACAAUCUACUAUCUCAAUAAUGUGCAGCAUCAACUUAUGGAGGUUUUCCUGUACUGUUGAAGUUUCAGUUUGAAUGUACCUAAUUGACUAAAGUGUACAAAUGUGCACACACUUCUCAAACCUAACAAUUCAAGUAUGUUGCAAGUCCGAUUUUUGUGUUUCUCUGUAUUUGUAUGUUGUUGUUUUUGUAAUUAUAGUAAUAUGGAUCUUCUACUGCAUUUUUCUGUUCCCUCUCUAAUAAUAGUUAAUUAAAUUACCCUAACCCAUAUCACAGAGUGGAAAUAUCAAGUAGACUUAUUGAUAACCACUAAACUACUACUACUGAUGAAGUCAUUUGUCUACACUGUUUGUAGUGGUUUAAUUACGUUACGUUCCAUGUGUACAAUUUCAGAAAUCUCAUUUGGCAUGUUUGCAAACAGCUACAGAAUAUUUAAGAGAAUUGGAGAGGUUACUGAAUGUGAAAAAUAAUACGAAUUUAGUAAGAAUGACUGUCAUCUUUUGUAGAAAUGAAAAAUAACUGUUUUCUGGGCAUUUCCGUUGUGUACUUUGAUUAAAUUAUAUAAUUAUAAAUAAA